AUGGGGUACAAAAAGGUUAGCGAUUACCAGGACUGCAAGCUUCGUGGCCAAGAUCGAACUACAGAAGUGGCUGACCCGUCCCGUAAUCAGAGAAAAGUCAACCGCAGCGACUACCCACUUCAGGAUGCACUAGCUAGCAUAUGCAUCUCGAAGCCUUCCGCCCAACAUAUCGCCUUGGCUGUCCAGUUGCAGGCCCGUAAGCGUCGGGUACAUCUCACAAUCGCGGACACUAGCGAUGUUACGGAUAGCCUCAUUCCGGAUCUGAGUGGCGUGUGGGGGGGGCUGCGGGAGUUGUCGGGUGCGCGGGCCGCUGCCAGAUCAGGGACGGGGAACCAGUCCAGGCCCGGGGCCGCGAGCGAUAGCCGGCCAUGUGUGCAGGAUCCGGCAAGUAGCAGGAUCGAACUUGAUAUAUUCCGUGAGGUUUACCUGUUCACGAGCGCCAGACACCAGAAGGGGUGGAAAAAGUGGGGUCCUCGAUUGAAGAAUUUUGCUCGCGCCUUGUGCGGGGUCCGCGGUCGUGGUCAACAUGAUUUUCCUAAGUCUCUAGUAGGUGCCCUCGCCGGGCUCGAUAGGGCACACGCUCUCUGCGCCAAGCAAUCCCUCGCCGAUCGCGAUUGGAGGAGGGCCAAGAUGUAUCUGCAUGCGGCAACAGGAAGGGUAGUUGGCCUACUACGAGAUGGAGCAAUUUGUGAGGACAUGGUCUGCGAGGUUCAAGGUUUGAAGUACUCCUUAUUUCUGACUUGACUCUCCUCUGACACUGGAUGUUUCAAAACCCAGGCUCUAUCGCCCCCUUUCCUCUGGCACAUACUCUCGAGAGGUUAACAAGUCAGUAUCGGCACCUACAUACUUUGUUUACCUUUGCAAAAUCCAGACGCCUGCGUUUUGCUCUUCAAUGCGAUGUCUCUGUCGACAUUGUCCCAAAGCCUCACGAGAUUUCCCCUGAACUUCAAUCUUCUGGCGUGGCAUGUAAGAUCGUCAUACCCAGCGACUGCCCUGACGUCACUAUGGCGGAAGAGGUUCGGGGUCUUGCAGAAACCGGGGAACAGUCUUCCGGUUUGGGGAAUGCGAACGUCAAUUCCCAGAUCCAUUGCGAACGUUCGCUGGUUGGAUAUUUGGCAAGUAUGGGGUGGGAGGCCGGAGGUGCUGAAAAUGCAGUCCACACUGGAAGCAUGGUUGGUGGUACCAGGGGCGAGUGGAGCCGGGGCACUAGUGGGGGCACAGAGGACGUCAACUGGGUAUCAGUUCCUCCAUUCACCGGCAUUGGUGUGUCUAAGCCGGCUUGUAGCGCCUGUAAGAGUUGGAUGGAUGGGAUCAGUUUGCAGGGAGGUCCCAAAUUCCGUGUGACCGGACCGUCUGAUGAUUGCGCAGUUGUCGCGCAUAUGCAAACUACGUAA